CCACGGAAAAAAGAGGUCCCUGCCUAUCGAAUGAAUGUUCGUUAUUACGAACGAUUUGAAAACUUUUUUGUUCACCUAAAAUACGCCACUUAUAGAGUAGUAGUGGAGAAAAAAGGAAAUAAGGAAUACAUCAUUGGAGUAGUCUUUGGUGAAACUAUGUAUCCCCUCGGGGCUAUAGCAGGUGGUGUGCAAGUAAGAAUUAAGGUGGACACAGUUGCAAACUAUAAUUUAAAAAUUAAGAAGAAUGACCCUCUGAAUAACCGGUUUGGCCGUAGAGUCUCAAUAAAUAAUACUUGUUUGGCCCGUAAUGGCCCCGGCGAGGUAAUCCCUGUACUGCAUGAAGCGAAAGCCGCAAAGGAAUCGCUUGAAACAGGCUGGCUCUGUCGACUCACAUCGUCACCUAAUAUAGUACGUUUUCUUGUGAACAUAUAUAGGCGUAUGAGAGGAGAAACUAAUCCUGGCUCCGAUUUUUUGCAACCUUAAACCAGGUCUGAUGAAGUCUUGAACCAACAAGCUGGCUCUUUUCCGGUCUCAUAAUUGUUUUAGCUCUGGUUCAUUCCUUAUUAUCA